AUGUCUAUGAUAAAUCUUUCUUGUGAGGAUGGAAACAACUACAUAUGGAAACAACUGGUAAAGAAACAACUGACAAUCCAGGUAGCAUUACAGAGAUAUGGAGUCCUCAGCAGUGAUUCCUUUUCCUCUUCUGAUGACAAUGAGGAUUUUGAAAUACAGAAGAAGAAGAAAAAUUUUAGGAGAUCUCCUCUGGUCAGCUUUCAGAAGUGUGCCUCAAUAGGAGUUGACAAGAAUACCAUGAAAACUGGAGGAAGUCUGGCUGGCGUGGAACAAAUGCAAAUAGAUGGCUCAGUACAGUUUGAUGGCGUGGGUGGUCUUUCUGACCACAUUUCAUCUUUAAAAGAGAUGGUCAUUUUUCCAUUGCUUUAUCCCGAAAUCUUUGAGAGAUUGAAAAUUGAACCUCCAAGAGGCUGUCUAUUCUAUGGUCCACCGGGGACAGGAAAGACACUGCUUGCUCGUGCACUUGCUAAUGAAUGCAGUCAAGGUGACAUGAGAGUGACCUUCUUUAUGAGAAAAGGUGCUGAGUGCCUGAGUAAAUGGAUAGGAGAGUCUGAACGACAGCUUCGUGUAUUAUUUGAGCAGGCCUACGAGAUGCGACCUUCAAUUAUUUUCUUUGACGAGAUUGAUGCUCUGGCUCCUGUACGGUCCAAUAAACAAGACCAAAUUCAUAGCUCUAUUGUGGGGACACUUCUGUCACUUAUGGAUGGCUUAACCAGCAGAGGAGAGGUUGUGGUGAUAGGAGCCACCAACAGACUGGAUUCUAUAGAUCCUGCUUUGCGAAGACCUGGGCGCUUUGAACGAGAAUUCCGCUUCAGUUUGCCAAACAAAGAGGCAAGAAAAGAAAUUUUCAAAAUUCACACACGAGACUGGAAGCCGAAGCCAUCAGACAACUUACUUGAAGAGCUGGCUGAAGAAUGUGUUGGGUACUGUGGUGCUGAUAUUAAAGCCUUAUGUGCCGAAACUGGUCUCUGUGCUCUGCGGCAUCGCUAUCCUCAGCUAUAUGAAAGCAGACAGAGACUGCAGAUAAACAUGGAUUCAAUUAAAAUAAAAGCAAACGAUUUUUCUAUGGCCAUGCAGAAGACUGUUCCAGCUUCACGGAGGGUUGUGCCUACCCCUGGGCAAGCACUAUCAACUAUUUCAAAGCCACUGUUAGAAGACACAUUGGAAAGGAUUUUACAAACCUUGCAGAGAGUAUUUCCCCAUGCUGAGCUUGCACUAAAGAAGGACCAACAGCAAGGAAAUUAUGUGAUUGACAGUGAUGAGGAGUCACCAUCAAGUAUUUAUAAAACAAAGUAUGUAGGAUAAAACUUUAAUGUCUGUUUUCCUAUUCAUCACUCAUUUUUAAACUUGUUUUCUACUUAUUGCUGUAGAAAUCCUCGUGACCAACCAACAUCUUACAGGCCACGCUUCUUACUAAUUGAAGAGCCAGGAUCUGGGCAAGCUUCUGAUUUGGCAGCCGCAGUAAUACAUUCCCUGGAAAAGUUUCCAAUUUAUACACUAGAUACACCAACUUUGUUUGCUAGCACAUUACCAGAUGAAACAUGUGUACAGUUGAUGCGAGAGGCUCAGAGAUCAGCACCAAGUAUCAUAUAUGUCCCACAAAUCCCUUCAUGGUGGGAUACUAUUGGAACUACGCUGAGAUCUGUUUUUACAACCCUACUGCAGAACAUCCCAAGGUUUACUCCAGUUUUAUUCCUUGCAACAUCUAAUGUACAACUGAGAGAUCUCCCAGAAGAGAUAAAAGCAUUGUUUAAUAAUGAAUAUGAAGAAGUUUUCAGAAUCCCGCGUCCAACCUGUGCUGAGAGAAGACGUUUUUUUGAGGACUUAGUUAUGAAGCAAGCUGCUCAACCUCCUGCAUUAAAAAACAACACAACUUACCAGCCUUUGGAAGUGCUGCCUGUAGCACCCCCACCUAAGCCUCGAAAGCUGACAGAGGAAGAAAUAAGGCAGUUGGAAGAGCAGGAAGAGGAUACAUUGCGUGAACUCAGGAUUUACUUAAGAGAUGUUGCUCAAAGACUUGUCAUUGACAAACGUUUCAAAGCAUUUACAAAGCCCAUUGUCUCAGAGGAGGCAACCAAUUACAAGGACACCAUUAAACAGCCCAUGGACCUCUUGACAGUUCUCUCCAAGAUUGACAUGCACCAGUACUUAACUGCAAAAGAUUUUCUAAAGGACAUUGAUCUAAUCUGUAGCAAUGCUUUAGAGUACAAACCCAAUAAAGGGCUUGCAGAUCAUCUCCUGAAGCACAAAGCUUUUACUUUGAGUGAUACUGCAUAUUCCAUAGUGAGGAAUGAAAUGGAUGAAGGUUUUGAGCAACGCUGCCAAAAAAUUAAAGAAUCUCGUAAGGAAAGAGAUAAGUCAAAAGGAAAAUGCAGAAUGAAGGAAGACUCUUCAAGUAUCUCAGUAAAGAGGAAGAAUGUUCAGUUUGUAUCCUCCCAGGACAGUCCUAUGGAAGAACAUGAAAAUGUACUUCAAGGACAACAGAAAAAUGGGACAGAAAAUGAAAGUGAGAGAGUGACCCUUGUGGCUAAAUCCCCUGAUGAAGAAAAGAGUGUCAUGCUUCCUGAAUGUUCAGACCUAAGAGAGGAGAGUAAAAUGCCAGAUUGCCAAAUAGCCAGAACUGUUGAAGAUGCAGGUUCAAGUGAUUCACAAGUACAUCAUACAACUUGUGUGGGACAUUCUCAGGUGGAUGAGCAACUGCGAGUAUGUGAUGGGGAAGCAAAGGAAAUUCACACACAGGGAGUGUCUGUGGAUUAUUCUGAACUCAGACAAGUGCUGGAUUUGGUCAUUGUGGCAACUGAGAACGUCAGCAUAUCUCGCAUGGAAAGACUAUAUGCUCUUCUUAGCCAGUGCAUUUACCGACAUCGGGAGGACGAUGACAAAACUGAGUUAGUGAAGGCAAUGAAGAAAGAAAUUGCAACGUUAAGUUAUCUGUGA